AUGCAAAAGGAACUCGAAGGUCAUCAAGGUUGUGUUAAUUCAUUAUGCUGGUCUCAACGCGGUGACAAGCUUUUAUCUGGCUCAGAUGAUCAAACACUUAGAAUUUGGCAUCCUUUUAGUGGUGACUAUCGCAACAAGACUAUUAUUAGAACAGGUCAUCGAGACAAUGUCUUUGCUGCCAAAUUCAUGCCAAGUACUGCGGACCAAAUCAUUGUUUCUGCCGCUGGUGAUUCUGAAAUCCGUAUCUUUGACUUGGAUGCAUCUACCUCUAAUGAACAAUUACGUCACAUUUAUACCUGUCAUAGUGAUCCCGUCAAACGAAUAGGUACUGAACCAAACAAUCCACAUGAAUUCUUAACUUGCUCCGAAGAUGGUACUGUUCGUCAUUUUGAUCUUCGUCAACCUCAUAUUUGUACUCCACAUUAUGGUUGCCCAAGACCAUUACUCGAUUAUAGCCAAUAUGGUCUUGACAUCAACAGUAUGACAAUCAACAGGUUCAAGCCUCAAUAUUUUGUGAUUGCUGGAAUGGACAAUUAUAUAUAUCUUCAUGAUCGACGUAUGAUUCAUUCUUCUACGGCUAGUCAAGGUGCUGGGAAAAAUAGGGAUCGCUCUCCAGGAUCUCAAUGUCUUUUACGGUUCACACCAUCUGGCGAUCAUAUACGACGAAAACAAGGCAAUCAAUAUGUAACGGCGUGUAAAUUUAGUGAUGCGAAUGGAUAUGAACUAUUGGGAAGCUGGGCUGCUAGAGGUAUCUAUCUGUUCAAUAUUUUAGACUCUCCAACAGAAGCUCGACUUGGUGAUUCCGGUGCUACAUUUCAACCACAACCAAAAGUCCGUUCAUCUCUCUCGCUAUACACAGCAUCAUCAUCAUCACCAUCAUUACAAUCUCAAUUGGAUUUCAAUCAAAGCAACAGUAGUGAUGACUACGACUACAGCUACAACUUGGACGAUGACGAUGAUGACGACAAUAACUAUAUUAUUAGUGAUGACUACGAGGAUGACGAUUGGCACAGCACUACAGGUUUCUUUGACACCGUCUAUGACGACACUGACAUAGGUGAGAACCAAUUGGAUGAACUAGAAUGUCAUCAACGAGCCAUUCGUACUGAUUUCCAAAGUGAUGUGGGUGUUAUUAGUCAUAGAAUGAAAUAUGAUGGUCAUGGCAACAUUCGGACUAUCAAGGAUGUGAAUUUUUAUGGAGCACAAGAUGAAUAUGUGAUGUCUGGUAGUGAUGAUGGUAAUGUAUUUUUGUGGGACAAGAAAACUGGCAAGAUAGUACAAAUUCUCAAAGCAGAUCAAGAUACGGUGAAUGUAGUGCAUGGUCAUCCUUCCUUACCUUACUUGGCGGCAUCAGGCAUUGACAAUACCAUCAAAUUGUUUAGCCCUACCGGACCAUCAACAAGUUCGCAAAUGCAUCUGGUUGACGAUAUUGUAGGAAGCAACCGACGAUAUCAUGUCGAACGCCAGCGUGAAUCCUUCCUUACACGUAGCCUGUUGGAAAGCAUGUCAAGAAUGUUUCGACAAAGACAUUUGUUAUUGGAUCAUAGUGACGAUGAUGACGAUGAUGAUGAUGAUUCUUUCGAAUAUAUCUUUGUGCCUGAUAUGGAUGUGCUCGCAAAUAUAGAUCGAUAUGGUGAUGAUGACAGUGAUGGUUUAUAG